GAUGCAGCUAUUCUAUAGAGGAUUGACUUCGGACACUCGAUCUUACGUUCAUAUGGCAGCGGGUGGAGCUAUUACAAACAAGACACUUGAUGAUGCUUUUCUGCUGAUUGAGAACAUAGCCUUCCACCAACUUCAGUGGUACAACGAGAAGCCCACCUCUGGCCCAGUUGCUUGCUUGCAACAAAUCACUUCAUCUCAGCAAGAAUCUCUUACACAAAAGCCGGAACCAGUUUCUCCGUGUGACAAGAUUGAGCUUUCAUGGAUUAUCUUUGAUGAUGAUGACACCAUCCUAGUUGACACACACACUGCAGAUCAUAUGGAUACUAGCAUUCUAGAUUCUGUUUUGCAUUGUGAUGAUUCUUGUGUGGAUGAACCAGAGCUACAGUUAGUUACUUUUGAUAUUGAGGAGAUACCUUUGGUUGAUAUUGAUCAUGUGCUUCUAGAGCCAGAUAUGGAAAAGUUCACCUUUGAUGAUGUUAGCCACAUCGAUUCUUCAAUGCUUGAGCCUGAGAUGGAAAUCUUCACUGUUGAUUAUGAUGAGGUCACUUCAGAUGUCAAGGAGCAAAGCCCUACUAUUUCACCUGUCGAUACAAGCCCGGUGGAAGUUUCUACUACCAUGCCUUCCAUGGUAUCUUUAGUUGAGGUAGUCAUAAAACUUCUCCACGGCCAUUUCAGGUAUUAUGUCAGCUUUCUCAAUAAGUUAUGUCAUAUCGUUGAUAUUGCCUAUGCACCCUGUGACUUGUUGUUGAUACAUGUUCCUGAUUUGCCCAAUAGAUAUACUUAUAUGAUAGGGUACUCUAUCAAUGACUUAGAGGGCAUUCUCUCUGUCACUUGUAUUGGCUUGGUUGUUGAGUGUUCUUUUAGGUUGAUGCUUAUGCACCAUUUACUGCGAGUUGACCGAGUUCGAGAUGACAUUCCCUGGGAUCCUGGUGGAUUCACGGCAUGGUGAUGAGGAGAAGCAAUGGGCACACGCGAAGAAGAGUGAAGCUGGAGCAUGCAUGAGGAAGCAAUGGAGAAGAACCGCAGCUUAGAGAGUGAUCAAGCGAGUGCUACACCAUCAAAGCCCGAAAAGUGCGACAAGGCACUAUAAUCUACAAGUUUCUGUCUAGAAAGAAUUGAGGAACAAUAUCACGGGCAAGAAGAGAAGAAAGAGGGACUCAAGCUUGAAGAAGAUUAAAGCUUAGGGGGGCUAGCUUAAGAAGUGGAGGGAUCAUCUUGUGCC